GCUGAUGUGGGAUUGGUGCGAGAGGACAGAACUCCUCAGGUAUGGCCACUCAAUUUGAAGGAAAUAUGAGAAGCGAUAUUUUUCUCCUCACAUUAUUGACCAGCAUAGCGACGCAAAUACCGACUGAUGCAACGGUAUUUCGGUCAGUAGGAAAGUUCACCAUCGAACUAUUGUGAAGGCACUUGGAAUUUAUCAUAUCGUAUCUAGUUCAGAAGUCGGUGAGAGAUGACCGCCGUGGCAGGCAGAUUUCCAAGUGAAUUUCGCGAUCCAACCCAACCCGUUGGCACCACGAAUAUGCUUGCGGAAACCAGUAGUUCGAAGGCAUCUAGCUCCUAUUCCCUUUGCUUUGGAUGUGGAGCAGUUAUUCGAGACCCUUUCAUCCUUCACGUGCAGCCGGACUUGGAAUGGCACGGACGAUGCCUGAAUUGUUUCAAAUGCAGCAGACCACUCGGUGACGACCCAACAUGCUUUGUGCGUGAUGGCAAAGCGUACUGCAGAGAGGACUAUUUCAACACGUUUCACUGUCGGUGUGCCGGAUGUCAUCAGGUUGUGAGCAGAUGCGACUUGGUGUACCGAGUUCGUUCUACAGCAUUUCACAUGGCCUGUCUACGAUGUGCUGUCUGUGAACGUCUGUUGCAACCGGGGGAGGAAAUCACACUUCAGAAUGACCAGAUUUCUUGUGCAACACACACCCGAUUGCUCGGUUUGGACGAUUACAUUAUGUCUGUUGAUGGCAAGAAUAGAUUAUCUCCUCCUGUGAGGACUCUCCCCACCGCUACUGGCGCAUUUGCAGGGGCAGCGACGCCUAGUGGAUGUCGAACAAUGGCGAAUGAAUGCCAAACUUGUACCACCCCGGCAAGUACCGAGAUGAAGAAGAUGAAAGGAGGGCCCCACCGAUUAGUUGCUUUGCGCUGUCGCACAGUGGUAAAGUCUUGCAAUGCCUCCAAGUCGGAAAACUUACAACUCGUCGGAGCAUUGGACACAGAAAAAUUUGAAAGGAGAACAGUGGAACCAGUGCGUUUGUCGCUUAAUCCUCCAAUUGCUGAUUCCAGGACUCCCCAGGUAGUCAUGAUUUCACGACAGGCCAAACAUUGUGAAACUGAAGCCCUCGAUAGCUUUUGCUUAAGUCCACACUGCAGUGCCAACACCCCGGGCAGCUCAACAGGGGAACUUGUUCGUGAUACAGAUACCCCUCUCACAGCAUGCAGCGAGUUGAGUCACGGUGAUGCGAACAGCAGCAUUCUUGGCUUGAGUAACUCAGUCUCUGGAUUCACUGAUCCAGGGCCAAACAGCAGUGACAAUGAUUUAGGGCCACUGAGGCUCGAUCCUUGCUUGGCACACUCACUGGGAACUGCGCACAACUGUCAAAUUGACGGGAGUCAUACUGGAAGCAACAGCUCCAGCAGUGGAACUAGCAUGACAGGAGGAGGUGGUGAUGAUCCACUACACAACACCCCCGCAUCCCGCAGUCAAAACUUCAGAUCUAACAAAUUUGGUAGCUCCAAACGUUCAAAGGACCAAAAAACCACAAGAAUAAGAACGGUACUCAACGAGAAGCAAUUACAUACACUGCGCACCUGCUACGCGGCAAACCCCAGGCCCGAUGCUUUGAUGAAGGAACAGCUAGUUGAGAUGACCAGUCUCAGCCCCAGAGUGAUUCGUGUAUGGUUCCAGAACAAGCGAUGCAAAGACAAGAAACGUCAAAUUCUGCUCAAACAGAUUGAACAGCACCAGCAAAAUGGAAGUCGUUCUACCUCACUUCAUGGCAUAUCCAUGGUCGCUGGAAGCCCAGUGUGCAACGACUCAGGUCUGAUGAGUUCAACUUCAGGCAUCGACAUUCAUCAGCUUCCCGGUCCAUUUUGGAUGCACCCAACCGUAAAAGGUCUCAGUCAGAGGGCUGUACCACCUUGCCCCACAAUGAGCUCAGGGAACCCCUGCAACCCUCUGCUCGACUGUAACUUGACUGAGAAUGCAGCAGGUGACACAUGUUCGCUGACGGGACCAACGUGUGACGCAUCGACGUCAUAUGUAAUUGGAAUGAUGAGUAAUUUAAUCACACCAUUCACCACACCCGACGGACCCACUGUACAUAGCGGCCCAUUAACCAUGCUUCCUCCUGGGUUAGCAUCGUCCAGUCUGGAUACUGAGAGAUCGCUAUUCGGUUUGGUCGGAAAACAAUCAGAAAUGUCGUUGGUUUCUGAUUCAUUUACGGACGAUGCUCCGGCAUUCCAACGGCUGGUCUCCUGCUUUGAUGCAAGUGAAGGUGUGCUGACAUCUAUUCCUGAUCAAAGUGUUGCGCAGGCGGCCAAGCGACUGGCUAACAGACAACUCUCCAACGGAUUCCAUGGUGUCUUGUAUGCGGCUGGAGUUAGUACACAAAUGCCUCCAAAUAUUUUUAUCCCACCGCGUUUAGAAGGAGACAAGGUUAGACUGUGGACUCCGUCCAGAGAACCUAAUAUGUCUGCAAAACUCUCCCCAUCACCCCAAAAUGACCUGCCUGCUUUCAGCGCAGCAAACGCACACUCGCAACCGAAAGCUUCGAUGGUGUCUCCCAGUUCAUCCACAACGCCGGCAAACCUGUUGCCGUCACCUUCCACACCCCAAACGUCAAACUUCAGCGUUGGUACCUACUUGCAUGGGCAGGUCCCUCAGCUUCAGUUGGGUCCACAGUCCAGAACUUCUCUAUCAACCUGAAUUUCGGCACUACACGAAGUCGAAACCUGCGUUUGAACGGCCACGGAAGGAAUUGUGAUAUUUUGGGCGGUGUUGCUAAAGUUCGUAAAGUUGAUCGGAUGCAAACCAUCGAAGUGAACUGUUCUUCCAUCAUGUCAUCUUUUUUACACUGUGCUUUCUGUUUUACAUAAUUUCCGAUUAUUUAUUUACAAGUGCCUAUCGUCCCAACGAAUUCGAGCACUCGUGCUCGGAGUGAAGUUGUACAGACCGCGAAUAAACACAUUUGGUUUUCUUCG